AAAAGCUCUGCAAUUUUCCCAAAUUCACUGCCGCAAUCCGCCACAAGAAAGAGAGAAAAGAGAGGCACGAGUCCGGCGAGUUUUGCCUUCUUCUUCUUCAUCUACAGUGGCGUGAAUUCCAUUUCAUCUUCGUCUUUUCCGUUUUUCACGGGACAAAACUUCCCGCUCUCUUCUUUAUCAGCUUCAGAGAAACCGUGUCUUGUACUGAGAUCUAAUCCUCUUCCCUUGUCUUCAAGUUCUUGAUAUUCUCCCAAGAGUAGAAACUACAACUUCAAAUCUUCAAUUCAAUCCUCCCAAAGUUGACUUUUUUUCCUUCCCAUUUCUUCAAGUUCUUACAUUGUUAUUUCAUAACUGCUGUUCUGUUAAGAUUCUUCAGCUGGGUGUCCACAAGUUCUUAACUUUCGCUGUCUGAACAUUAAAAGUUUAUGCUUUGUAUGAUGGUGUUAUAACUCUGCAUGAAUCAAACCUGUUCAUGUCGAUUCUAUGUGGUUGCUGCCCUCUUCUAGAAUGCGUCUACUGUCUCGGCUGUGCACGUUGGGCUUACAAACGCUGUCUCUACACAGCCGGUCACGACAGCAAAGACUGGGGACUCGCAACACCUCAUGAAUUCGAACCGGUUCCUCGGUUCUGUCGUUACAUCUUAUCGGUUUACGAGGACGAUAUCCGAAACCCUUUGUGGGAGCCUCCAGACGGAUACGGUAUAAACCCUGACUGGUUACUUCUGAAAAAGACUUAUGAAGACACUCAAGGCCGUGCUCCAGCUUACAUACUGUAUCUUGAUCAUGAUCAUAGAGAUGUUGUUGUUGCGAUACGAGGGUUGAAUCUGGCUAAAGAGAGUGAUUACGCUGUGCUUUUGGAUAACAAGCUUGGUGAGAGGAAGUUUGAUGGUGGGUAUGUGCAUAAUGGGUUGUUGAAGGCUGCUGGUUGGGUGUUGGAUGAGGAGUGUGAGGUGUUGAGAGACUUGGUGGUGAGGUAUCCGAGUUAUAGUUUGACUUUUGCUGGACAUUCGCUUGGGUCUGGUGUGGCUACGAUGUUGGCUUUGUUGGUGGUUAGGCAUCCCGAUAAGUUGGGGGAUAUUGAGAGGAAGAGGGUUAGGUGUUUUGCUAUUGCGCCUGCGAGGUGUAUGUCUUUGAACUUGGCUGUUAGAUAUGCGGAUGUGAUCAACUCUGUUGUGCUUCAGGAUGACUUCUUGCCAAGGACAGCUACGCCUUUAGAAGACAUAUUCAAGUCUCUGUUCUGUUUGCCAUGUUUGCUGUGCAUAAGGUGCAUGAAGGAUACAUGUGUUCCAGAGCAAAAGAUGCUCAAAGAUCCUAGGCGGCUUUACGCUCCUGGUCGCAUGUAUCACAUAGUUGAGAGAAAGCCUUGCAGAUUAGGAAGGUUCCCUCCGGUUGUGAAGACAGCAGUGCCAGUAGACGGAAGGUUCGAACACAUUGUUCUUUCUUGUAACGCAACUUCAGACCACGCCAUCAUUUGGAUCGAACGAGAAGCUCAGAGAGCUCUCAACCUAAUGUUGGAGAAGGAGAAGAGAAUGGAGAUACCAGAGAAGCAAAGGAUGGAAAGACAAGAAUCAUUAGCAAGAGAACACAACUUGGAGUACAAAGCAGCUUUAAGACGAGCAGUAACCUUAGACGUUCCUCACGCUGACUCUAUCUCCUCUGAGUACGGAACAUUUAACAAAGAAGCUGAAACAGAAGAAGAAGAAGAAACAGAGUCGAUUGCAUCAAUGGUGGGAGAAUCCGCAUCAUCAUCCUCUGUGCGUCCAUCUUACAAGAGAAGAAGGAACCGUGGUGUUAGUUGGGACGAGCUGAUCGAAAGUCUCUUUGAGAGAGACGAGUCUGGUAAUUUGACAUUCGAGAAAUCAGAUUUGCGUCGAUGAAUCGAAUCAAAAUGUUUCUAUGGUUAUGUGUAGAAAACAACAGUUGUUUAUUACAGAAUCACUAUCGUACAGACCAGAUUGGUCUGAGUUUAUUACAGAAGAAGAAGUAUCUCUUUCUCUUUCUCCUAGUGUCGGAAUUUGAAAAAUUAGGGUUUUGUCUUGGGUUUAGGAAGAGCGCAAGAGGAUCUGAAAGCUUCUACCUGAGACUGGCACUUGGAGUGAUCUCCUUUGUUUUCUUCCAAGCACUUCUUCAGGGCUUCGACGUCGCAUGAUGAAGCGAUUUUCUUCACCGUAACGUUUUCUGGUUUCUUCGCUUCCUCCAUCGUCUUUGUUCAAGGACUUGAUGUAUUUUGGCUGCUGAAGAAGAAGACUCUC